AUGAAAGAGGACCUCGUUAACGUUGCCCAAACCGACCAGCUGGACAAGCUUCGUCAUCUCUUGGACCUCGAGAUAGCGCAGAACCCCGAGUUCCAAACUAGCCAUUUCCCUACCCCGGCCAUAAAUGCCGCGUGCUGCACAGCGGUGCGCAGUAAUAACCCUGCAACGCUGGGUAUCCUCCUGGAUAGUGGCUGUCCAGUGAUGCUGGAUACAAUUAUAGACGCUGUAGUGCUAAAGCAUACAGCCAUCGUGGAUUGCCUUUUUGCUCAUAACUGGGACAUUAACUCGAAUCUCGGGCACCGUGGCGACGCUCUUAUUGUAGCAGCGCAUUCAGGCGAUCUCGAGAUAGUCCAAUUCCUGCUGUCUCGCGGUGCCGAUCCCAACUCAGAUAACUGGGCAGGUGCAUUCAAUAACGCGAUUGAAAUGGCGGCUUUUGCUGGUUCGAUCCCAGUAGUUGAUGCGCUCUUGAAUGCCGGGGCAGUAUUGAAGGGGCGUUCCGCACUGGGGAAGGCAGCUUACCAGGGAAAUGUUCCGAUGGUAACGUACCUGCUGGAACGAGGCGCGGCUAUUGAUGAGAUCCCGACCAACCCCUACAUUGUGGAGGACCCGUCGGAACGAGAUGAGAAGAAUGCGCUGUGCAAAGCAGCCUGGCGGGGACAGGCUGCGGUAGUAAAAUUCUUGCUGGAAAAAGGGGCGGAUCCGAGUAUCAGAGACACACAAGGCAGAUCGGCAUUAGAGCUCGCGAAAGCUGGAGGACAUGAGUCCUGUGUGAAGCUGCUGGACCACUAG